ACGAUUCUCUUCCGCGCCGCCCGGCCCGCCUUCCAGCAGUCUGCCUUCCGCGCGGCUUUCCGCGCCAACGUGGCUCCCCAGACCGGUCGCCGCUUCGCGAGCACCGCGGCCACCGGGGAGGCGGCGUCGCAGAGCUGGAUUCAGCGCAUGUGGAACAGCCCCGUUGGUUUGAAGACGGUACACUUCUGGGCGCCGGUGAUGAAGUGGGCGAUCGUCAUCGCGGGUGUCUCCGACUUCGCGCGGCCGGCGGAAAAGCUCUCGUUAACGCAGAACGGCGCGCUGACCGCCACGGGCCUCAUCUGGACGCGCUGGUGCUUCGUCAUCCACCCCCGGAACGUCCUCCUCGCCACCGUCAACUUCUUCCUCGGCUGCGUCGGCAUCAUCCAGCUCGGCCGCAUCGCCAUGUACCGCAGGUCGCAGAAGGAGGGGGAGUCUGGCGCCGGCGAGGCCAAGGAGGGUGUUGGCGCUUAAAGGGAAUAAAUAGAUCAGUAGUAGGCGCAUAGGCAGCAAAAGCAGGCAUGGGUUACGGGGUGAUAUGAUCAUUUAUAUCAAAGUAUGGGG